AUGGCAAGUUUCCAUCCUCACCCCGGACAGACAUCAAACCUAGAAAGGCUAUAUGUCUUCAUCCUCACCCUAGAAAGGCCACAUGUCUUCAUCCUCACCCUAGAAAGGCCACAUGUCUUCAUCCUCACCCUAGAAAGGCCACAUGUCUUCUUCCUCACCCUAAAAAGGCUACAUGUCUCCAUCCUCACCCUAGAAAGGCUACAUGUCUUCAUCCUCACCCUAGAAAGGCCACAUGUCUUCAUCCUCACCCUAGAAAGGCCACAUGUCUUUAUCCUCACUCUAGAAAAGCUACAUGUCUUCAUCCUCACCCUAGAAAGGCUAUAUGUCUUCAUCCUCACCCUAGAAAGGCUACAUGUCUGCAUCCUCACCCUAGAAAGGCUACAUGUCUUCAUCCUCACCCUAGAAAGGCUAUAUGUCUUCAUCCUCACCUUAGAAUGGCCACAUGUCUUAAUCCUCACCCUAGAAAGGCCACAUGUCUUCAUCCUCAACCUAGAAAGGCCACAUGUCUUCAUCCUUACCUUAGAAUGGCCACAUGUCUUCAUCCUCACCCUAGAAAGGCCACAUGUCUUCAUCCUCACCCUAGAAAGGCCACAUGUCUUAAUCCUCACCCUAGAAAGGCUAUAUGUCUCAUCCUCACCCAAGAAAGGCUACAUGUCUUUAUCCUCACCCUAG